AUGUACCAGAUUGCUUCAAGACCUCCACCAUCAUUCCAGUCCCCAAAAAGCCAAGGACUGAAUGAUUACAGACCCGUCGCCCUGACCUCUGUGGUGAUGAAGUCUUUUGAGCGCCUUAUGCUGUCCCACCUCAAAUCCAUCACAGACCCCCUCCUGGACCCCCUGCAGUUUGCCUACAGAGCCAACAGCUGCACUUCCAGUCACCAGUCUGUCAAGCUCCUGAAGUUUGCGGACGACACCACUCUUAUUGGACUCAUCUCUGGUGGGGAUGAGUCCGCCUACAGCUGCACUUCCAGUCACCAGUCUGUCAAGCUCCUGAAGUUUGCGGACGACACCACUCUUAUUGGACUCAUCUCUGGUGGGGAUGAGUCCGCCUACAGAUUUGUUCGUGGAGUGGUGAAUGGACUUUAUAAAAAUGACGAAGAUAUACAGAAGGAUCCAGAGCUCCAACAAAUGGUGUCUUUCAUAUACAACUAUGGAUUUCUGCAGAAGCCAGAUUGCCCCUCAAGCCUGAAAACAAGAGAAGAAGCCAUUAAAUACAUCACCAUGAUAAUGUUCACCUGCUCUGCCCAACAUGCUGCUGUGAACCAUGGGCAGUAUGAUAUCUAUGCCUGGAUGCCAAAUGGACCAACAACAAUGAGGAAGCCUCCACCCAAGGACAAGAAGGUGACUGAAAAAGACAUAAUGGAUACUCUUCCAGACAUUACUACAACACUUGAGGCUAUGAAAGUGGCUAGAUUCCUCAGCCAGGUUCCAAAAGACUUCGUGCCACUUGGAAACUACCCUGAGGAAGUUGCUAAUGAAAGCUAUAUGAGAGGUCCCCUCAGGGAGUUCCAAAAAACGCUGACGGAAAUUGGAACGAAAAUCAGAGAGAGAUCAACACAAGAAUCAGAGAGAGAGUUCCCAUCUGAGUAUUUGGACCCUGCAGGGAUGGAAAACAGCAUCACUAUCUAA